CAGAAGUCAAACAUCGAGCGUUGAUCGUUGAUCGUUGCAGCCGGACCAAUCAUUCUUGAAGUACAAUUUUAAAAAUGUUGGGAAAACACACGCGUCUCUCAAAGAUACUAUUUGUUAUUAUCUUCGUGAAAGUGUUCAUUCUUUUAGUGCUUCUUUGUCUCAACACGUCUGACAUACAAUGGAGAAGUCAUAGUCACGGUCGUCGUGCUGUGCUUAUAAAUGAUCUGCUGAUCGAUAGACGCGAAGCUCCCAGUUUGGAGGAGCGCCUAAAACUAAUACGGGAAGAGAUGCCAUCGUUUCCGCUUGAGGAGCUGUUGCGAAGACCCCGAUAUCUUACAAAAACAAAUUGCGCCGUGGCUCCCGACUUUAUGAACAUUGAGUAUCACAAUGAAUACUGGCAGGUUCUCCACAAUGUCAACUUUACCUUUUAUUUCUUUGGCGCAUACUAUGAUGACCGAAAGGCGGUUCCCAAAACUCCGUUAGUGCGAUUGCUAAGCAUGACAAAUCAUUAUGGGAAAGAAAAUGAACUCAAGUAUCCAGUGACGUAUUGCCAGCUGUGGUAUAAGAAUCGUCCUGAUCCUGUAAUUGUUGAAGCCACAGAUCACAAGAUCGUUUGGAUCUGGGGCGGUGCAUCAAGACGUUACUACCCAACGCUUAUCAGCUGCCCAUUGGCAAAAUCAAAUGGUACUCAGGAAGUGCCCGAGAUGGUUUCUCUCGUUGCAGAUCGUUGCGAUCGGGCCAAGAAUCUGUUGCGAGUCGUCCACGAAUUAGACGAGGAAAGCCCUACAGCAAAAGGCACUACUGAAAUGGUCAAGAGUCCGCCGGGAAAGCAAUCGCCGAAAAUGGCAAAGAAGGACUCGAAGCAGGAAAAACCUCUUCGUUUUAUGGUCUGUUUAAAAGCGAUGGAUUUUCCCUACAUUGACAUGUCCUGGCGAUUGAUUGAAUGGCUUGAGCUAUUGCGACUGCUUGGAGUAGACAAAGUCGUCUUCUACGAUGCUCAGAUGCAUGCAAAUAUGACACGUGUGCUGGAUGAUUAUAAGAUUUCCAGUCCUGGCUUUGUGGAGGUGCGUCCCAUGUCCUUGGGUCGCGGAGAGCCGCACUCACCGCGUCAUUUUCAUCACUAUGCAUUGGAUGCCGAUGGCUUCAAUCGCAUAUUGAAUGAGAUGAUACCCUAUAAUGACUGCUAUUAUCGUAAUAUGUAUAAAUACGACUAUAUUGGAGUCUUUGAUAUCGACGAGGUCAUCAUGCCGCUGGGAAAUGUCACCAACUGGAAUGAUCUGAUCAAAUUGGCCCAUCGUGUACCCGACUACGAGAGAGACUCAUCCAAAUGCAAGGACUGGGUAAGCUUCUGCUUUAGGAACGUCUACUUUCCCCGCUACGUAGAGCGACCCAAGGUCUACAAGCAGCUGCCCAGUUUCUACUACAUGUUGCAGCAUGUGGAACGUGUGGCUGAACACUGUGAUCGCUAUUCUGCCACCAAGUGUUUGCACUCCACAAAAUAUGCAGUCGGACUGCAUAAUCACUUUCCACUUCAUCGUGCCGAGACUGGCGAAUGUGCCGCCAAAUCUGUGCCAAUUGAGUUUGCCCAACUGCAACAUUAUCGUGAACCCGACAACAAGACCCGUCUGAUAAAUCCAAUCAUCGAUGAUAGCAUCUGGCGUUUCCAGCCCAAGCUUCAACAAAGGGUCUACGGUAAAUACAAGAAACUUGGCUUUCUUCCCAACAUCCAUGAUGUGGAGGCUGCCGAAGAGCGACGCAUUCAUAACGAUGAGCAACAACUUCGCAAAGCUAUAUCCAUUACAAAUAAUUAG